GGUGCUGAGUCUGUGGAUGCCAGUAGCAUUGAGGAGGAAGUAGAGGUUGACGACGACGAGAACUCUGCUGCUUCUGCCUCCGACGAGGGCGAUAUCAUUGACGAGGAGGAAGAAGAAGAAGUGGAGGAGGACGAGGUCGAAAUAUCAGCCAAGGAGGCUGCGGCUGCCGAAGCUCGCGUCAAGGAAUACCUUGCCAGACAAGCUGAAUUGGCCUUACGAAGAGAAGAUAUCGAAAAAGCUAAGGCUGCAGGACACUGGCACCCGGACGCUAUUAUCUUAUUUGAAAGACUCUCCCUUAGAAGUUUCGAAGAGGUUCUCCCCUCCGAUUAUCAGAUCGAUUUUCCAACCCUUCCCGAAGACAUUUUCGCACCUUCUGGUAUCGAUACCUUUGUCAACCAUAAUUGUCGCCCCGCGCAUACCGGUGUCAGAGCCUUGCAAAGCCUCUUAAGAGUUGGUGUCCGUGCUAGAGAAAAGUUGGAGGCUACUGGAGUUGCUGAGCAGGUGAUUGCUAAAACAAUCAAAGAUUACAUCAAAUGGUCUGAAAGAGAUGGGGGUUUCGAGAGACUACGCUUCCUACCCGUCCUCGUGGUCGUUGCUGCUAAGCCUAAGCAGUCGACUGAGACACUUAGUGCAGCAAUCGAAGCCCAAAUGAAAUUCUUGGCAGAGCAACAUCGCGAGUAUCUGGAACUUCCAGCAGAACAUGUCAAUGAGCUUGGUGAGGUUGAGAAGUACAGAAGGCAGCCACCGCUCUUGUAUGGAUUGAUUAUUGCACGAACAAUGGUCAUUUUUGUCACGAUGGACUCUGCUGAUCCCGAAUCAAAGGUUCAACAUUUGACUCACUUCGACUUCAAUGACAAACCGAUGGAUGUCUGGAAUGGGUUUGCUAUUGCAUAUGUGGUCAUCAUGGCGAGGAAUUAUAUCAUGUCGUUCAAGGAUGAGUUCGAGGAGGAACCUGAG